UUUUUUUUUUCUUCUUCUUCUUCUUCUUCAUUUUCAUCUUCAUCUUCCUUUGUAUUUUAUUUUGUUUUCCAUUCAUUGUUUCUUUCUCAGCACCAUGCCAAUGCUGCACCAGCGCGGAGGCAAGAAAAAGUCUCCGUUUCGCACACAAUCCCAAGCGCAAGGCAAUAAUGGGAAGACUGCGCCGACGUCGUACCUGUCUGGCAUCCGACUGCCCGGCAUGAAGCAGGCCUCGGGCACUGUCGCAGUCCCAUCCAGCGUGCUCACUGGCGGUGGCAGUGGCAGUGGCAGUGGCAGUGGAAAGGCAUUGGGCGGCGCAGCAAGGCAGAGUCCACAUGGCGCUGGAGCGGCCACGACGCCGACGCCGUUCACAGUCGCUGCGUCGGUCGCUGCUGCUGCGGCUGCGGCUGCGGCUGCGGCUGGGCGUGCUCAGACUGCACACACGGUGAGCGCGAUCGCGUCGGGACGGGCGCCGAGCACCAAGAAGCGGCCGGGAUUCAAUCCAGCAAGCAGCUCAGCGGCUGGCAACGCAGCAGCGAGCGUCACCAACCCGUUCGAGCUCAGGCUCAACAGGCGCAAGUUUGACGUGCUGGGCACACACAACAAGAUCAUGAAGGGCGAGAUUGGGCACCGCACGCAGUCUCGCGCACGUGCGACCGAGCUCCGCGACAAGACCCUCCGCGUGGAGCUCGCCAAGCGCGGCCGGGCGGGCGAGUUUGUGGAUCGUCGAUUCGGUGAGCAUGACGCCGAGAUGGCGCUCGAGGACAAGAUGCUCGGACGGUAUGCGCGCGAGCGGGAACGCGCAUUCAACAAGAAGGGCUCCAUUUUCAACUUGGACGGCGCGGGCAACGACUACUACGACCAAGACGGCGGCAACGACGAUGCCGACGACAAUCAUGGAGAUGGGCCGCGCCGUAACGUCGGUGCUUUUGACGAAGAGUGGUCGCGCAUCACGGGCAGGGCGCUGAACGACGGUGCCGACGCGCCAUCAGGUCGCCGAGGCAACAAGCACGGCGAGCUCAGCCUGACGCACCAUGGUCGAUCGCUCGAGGAGAUUGACGAUUUCGACGAGUACUCGAUGCGUCUUGAUGAUCACGACGACUACUACAACGACCCCAAUGCGCCCACGUACAAUGUCAACUUUGGUGGCAUGACCCGCGCGCGCAACCCCGUCAAUGUCGACGACCUGGACGAGUCGCCGUUUGCUGGCAAGGGUCGAAAGCGAAAGCACGACUCGGAUGGCGAGGGCGACGACGAUGGUGAUGAUGAGGACGAGGACGAGGACGACGAUCAGGCCGACAAGCGCGAUACACGCUCGCAUCGCGAGAUUAUGGAGGAGGUUGUCGCGCAAGCCAAGAUGCACAAGUACGAGCGGCAAAAGGAGCGAACCAACGCCGAAGAGAUGCUGGACCAGCUGGAUGACGACUUCCAGAGCAUCCAAGGCCUGCUCGGCGUCAAUCGUCGUAGCCAGCCUGUGGGGCGCAAGUCCAAGGAUGAGGAGGCACUCGAUAUCCUGACCGGUGCCCUCGAGCGUGCCCGUUCGGGCGAGGCCCCUCCGCCAUCCACCAUGCACCCCAGUCGGCGCCUUCCCCGCGAACAGCCCGACGAUUACGAUCUUGCGGUUCGAUCGCUCGGAUUUGAAAUGCGCGCCCAUGCCACAGACCGUCUGAAAACGCCUCAGGAGAUUGCAAAGGCCGAGAAGGAGCGUCUUGAAAAGCUAGAGCGUGAUCGUAUUCGUCGUAUGAACGGCUUGCCUUCCGACGACGAGAGCGACGAACAAGGUGGCAAGCAUGCCAACAAGAAACGCCGCUUGGAUCAGUCUGGCGACACUCUGGACGACAACCUGAUGCUCGAUAGCGAUCGACGAAAGAUGAUUCGCUACAAGAACGGCAAGCUUGUCACUUCGGACGAUGAAGGCGAAAACAGUGAGGACGAAGACGGCGAGGCCGGUAGCGACGACGAAGAGGAAGAAGACGAGGGUGACGAUGCCCCAGUCGCCAAGCCAUCUGGAAAGCGUGCAUCCAAGCUCGGAAAGAAGCAAGAUUUUGGCGAAGGAUACGAUGAUACCGAAGCAGGUCCUGACAAUGCUGAAGACGAGGAGGACGAAGACGAGGAGGACGAAGACGACGACGAAGAGGCCGAGGACGACUAUUCUGAUCUUGAACUUGACGACAACGCUAUGGAAGCCGGCAGCGACGACGACGAAGACAGCGAAGGCGAAGAAGGCGAAGGCGAAGAGGACGAAGAAGAUGAGGAUGAGGACGAAGGCGACGAGACCCCGCUCCCAACCUUGCCUGCCAAAAAAGUCCGCAUUUCUGAUGUGCCUGCGCGGUCAGCAAAGCCCGCCAAGUCUCAGGAGGCCGUUGCUGCAUCGGCCGCGGCUGCCGCUUCGGAAUUGCCGUACACGUUCGAAGCUCCUGCGACCGUGGAGGACUUGACAACCUUGCUUCAAUCUCGCUCGCUUGACGACCAAAUGACCAUUGUGUACCGUAUUCGCGUCUGCCACGACCUCAGUCUGUCGCCUGACAACCGAGAAAAGAUGGAGACCUUCUUUGAUGUGCUGCUCGACUACAUUGAGCAAGAGUGCGAUCGCACCACUUCUCAGAACGCGGCACCGUUGCUGGCUGUCAACCGACUUGCCAAGUAUGUGGUCGAGCUCUCAAAGCAGAUGGCCGAUCAUGCUGGCGACGUGUUCCUCGAACGCAUCAUUGCUUUGAACGAGGCGUUGACAGAGCACUUGGUGGGUCGCAAGGGUACUGGCUUCCCUUCGCUCGGAUCGCUCAUCCUUGUCACCCUGGCUGUUCGAAUCUUCUCAAUGUCGGACGCCAAGCACAAGGUUGCUUCACCGCUGAUGGUGCUGCUUGCACGAUACCUCACACAAGCACAGGUUGCGACCAAGAGCGAUCUGUUUGCCGGUCUGUAUAUCUGCUCGUUGGUGUUGCAGUGCAUCGUGUCAUCGAAGCGCUUUAUGCCCGAGGCCAUCAUCUUCCUCAAGAGCACUGUUGCCCUGUUCGUCAAGAGCAUCCCAAGCAACAUUUCCACCCUUCGACCCACCGAGCAGCUCAUGCCCACAUUUGCACAGCUGUUUGCCUCUCGCAAGGCCGGCACUGCCUUCUUCCAUGGCGCAACUGCCUCCGAAACUGCGUCAAAGCUUGCCAGUCUCAGUGCCAUUUGUGACGCCACCCCUCUUGCUCAAAUCAAGGCUGACGACAAACUCAAGAUUGCUCAACAAGCCGUCCAAUUGCUCAACCGCUUUGCCUCGAGAUCGCUGGACUUUACGCCGUUUACCGAGAUCUUCAAGCCUAUUCAAUUGCUAGUGCAGCAACUACCCGCCACGCUCUUCCCGAGUCAAGGCACUUCGAUCGUUGCGCAAUUCCACUCUACGUACUCGCGUGGUGCGCUCAGCGUGCGCCGCCCGCUUGAGAUGCAACGUCGCAAGGCGGAAGCCAUCAAGAUGUACAAUCCCAAGUUUGAGAUGUCCUACGAGGGCCGAAAGCACUCGUCUGGAACGUCGGAUCACGAUCGCGAGCUCAACCAGACGGCACGCCUCAAGCACGCCGUUCAACGCGAAAAGAAGGCAGCGCUGCGCGAAAUCCGCAAGGACAACCAGUAUCUGUCGCACCUGGAGCUCAAGGACCAGCGCAAGCGCGAUGCCACUCGUGUACAGAACGUCAACCGCCUGCAGAACAUUCUCAGCCAGCAACAGCACGAAAUGAAGGAAGAGCAGAAAUCCAAAAAGAAGGAUCAAGAGUCUGCCAAGCGCCGCUCGCGGUCCUAAUCACCCAUCGUCUGGUGGCUUGUAUUUUUGAGUUAAAUUUGGGCGAACAUUUAGUUCCACAUAAACCAACACAAAAAC